AUGUACUCAGAAGGCUGUAUGGAGAAGGAGAGAGAAGAAUUGGCAAGUAAUUUAAAUGUUAAAGUGCGCGCCAAGUAUAACAGGCGGGAGGUCAGCCUUCUACCAGCAACUAUAGAGGAAAUCGGCGACUUGCUUGAUAAUAAAUUAUCGGACACAUCACCAAUUUUUUGCAAAUUACGAUCGACUAUUCUGGAGGAUAUCAAAACAAUAAUAUCUCAGGAGAUUAAUUUAGCCCUCAAUGAGUUCAAAAACGAGCUGACGCAAGCUACUGACUUUUUAGCUGCUGAACAGGCGGAUUUGAAAGUAAAGGUUGAACAAAAAGACAAAGAAAUUAAAGAUUUACAGACUCAGACUUUAAAACUUAAAAAAGAAGUUUAUAACCUCCAUGGUCGACUGUCCACCAUUGAAAAAAUCUCUAGAGACAAUAACUUGGAAAUUAACGGCAUACAGGAAAAGGCCAGCGAGGAUCUGUUUGGAUUAUUUCACAACCUUUGCAACACAAUUAACUCGCCAAUUGCGGACAGCGACAUUCGUGCCUGUCACCGUGUGGCUAAGAUGGAUCAAUCUUCGAGCAGGCCCCGUUCCGUAUUAGUGACACUGACAUCGCCGCGUAUUCGUGAUCGUAUCCUUGAAGCCGUUAAUAACUUUAAUAAAACUCAAAGUGGCAAACUAAACUCGAAACACCUAAAUAUUGAUGGUGCUACUAAUAAAAUAUAUGUCUCUGAAUAUAUUUCACCUGAUUGUAAAGCAUUAUUCAGAGAGGCUAGAAGAGUAGGCAAGGAGAAAAAUUUUAAGUUUAUUUGGGUCAAAAGAGGAAAUGUGUACGCUCGCAAAGUUGAAGGUGCUACUCCCAUGCUCAUCAAAAACAUUGAUUGCUUAGUUAACCUAGUUUAG